UUCUGACCGACAAAUUAAUGUCACUGGUUCCGACUUGAAUGGCAUACAUUCUCCUAAAAUUAGAUUGAUAUUCCAGGACAAAACUUAUGUUGAAAGUGUGAGUCAUAGGUUAAAAAUACUGAAUAAAUCCCUGAAUUAUAACACAUAACAUAUAUGAUAUUUGUGAUGUUACUCUGAGUAUGCAUCCACACCGGGCAAGCUGAAAAGUUAGCUUGGCCACGGUGGGAAUCGAACCCGCGACCUUUGCGAUACUAGUCCAAUGCUCUAGUUCGACGCACACUCAGAGUAACAUCACAAACAUCAUAUUCACCUGAGUACAUAUCACCAACACUCCAGAUACAACUCACUGUGUUAGCUGUGGUGAACAGCCUUUCAGGUUGUUAGUUUGGGCGUGGUACAAUACAUGUUUCUUUGAUCUCUGCGACGCAGUUAUUAGAGAGGUUAUCUUAGUCGCAUGAUAAGAGUACAUCCGAAUACCAGAGAUUUUAUAUACUCCUGUUUCUCGUUGUUACAAUACUGGACCACAGAUAGCUUUAAGGCUUGGGAUUGGAUAGAUUUAAGUCUUUUGACGUUUAGGAUUUGAGAUUAGAGUUCAAGACUUAGAAUUGAAGAAUUAAGCAGAUUAUACAGCCCAUACCUAAUUCAAAAGUUAAUUCAAAAUAUUUUUUAAAUUUAUAUCAUUGUGAUACAUGUGUUAUUAUAUUGAUUUCUUUCAUCUCGUGUUAUUUAGGUUUGUGGCAAACCCAGCUACGGUAACAUGAUCUGUCCUUUUCCAAAUUUAACAAGAACCGUAACAGCUCAUCUUCAAGCUGAACUCUCAUUUUCCUUGGACGCGGUGACAACAUGGGAGGUGUUCAGUGGAUAUCCAAAUUUUAAAUCAAUGACCGUUGUUCCAGAUCCAAUUAUAACUGGAUUUGAUGAUGGUGUUUUUGUUUUAAAGACCCCAACACUCGAGAUUAAGGUAGGC